GGCACGCUCCCCGGGGGUCCCCGCGCUCCCGGCCAGCUCGUGCCACCUCCGUGUCCGCAGGUGCUGGUGCCGGGGGGCCACCGCGUCUCACUGCCGUACGAGUUCCUGGUGCCCUGCCUGUGCAUCGAGGCUUCCUACCCGCACCGCGACAGCCUGCGCAGCAAGCGCUGCCCCUUCCAGGAGCAGCCGGACGCCUACGGCCCCGAGCUGUGGUCCUCGGCGCACUUCCACGACUACAGCGCCAGCAGCAAGGACCAGAUGGCGAUGGUGCUGAGCGCCAGCUGCCCCCUGCGCCCCAGGGCCACCCUGUGCUGGAGGGAGGUGGCAGCUGAGGCUGCGCCCUGCCACGACGUCCCCAACUCCACGGCCACCGAGGAGGAGCAGGUGUACACGCUGGACAAGGUGGACGUGCACCCCCUGCUCUGCUUCAGGUUCUCCUACGGGAACAGCAGCCACGUGGAGUGUCCGCACCGGCCAGAGCCCGCCUGGAACGUGUCCCUGAGCGUCCGGGGGCUGCAGCUCCGCCUGCGCCUCACCUCCAGCGUCCCCGCGUCCUUCAGCGCAGCGCUGUGCCAGCGCCGGGGCGGGCAGUGCGAGCCCGAGGCCCCCGUCUACACCGUCACGAGGCCGGAGGGCUCUGCCCCGGGGGAGCUGGCGCUGCUGCUGCCGGUGCAGGUCCUGGGCAGCUGCGUGCUGGUCUGGCGCUCUGACGUGCGCUUCGCCAGGAAGCAGCUGCUCUGCCCCGAUGUCUCACGCAGGCACUUCGGGCUGCUGGGGCUGGGGCUGGCGCUGGGGCUGGUGGUGACCGUGCUGCUCCUGAACUGCCGCGGCGCCUGGAGGCCACCCGCCGGCGCAGCAGGCGGCCGCCCCGUGCUGCUGCUGUACUCCCCGGACUCGGAGGAGCACCUGGGGCUGGUGUGCGCCCUGGCCGAGCUGCUGCGCGCGGGGCUGGGCUGCGAGGUGCGGCUGGACCUGUGGGAAGCGGGCGGCGUGGGCCGCGCGGGCGCCCUGCCCUGGCUCUACGCGCAGCGGGGCCGCGUGGGCCGCGAGCGCGGCACCGUCCUGCUGCUCUGGAGCCGGGGCAGCUCCCGGCUCUUCCGCCUCUGGCGAGGGGGCGAGGGCGGCGGGGAGCCCCGGGACGCCCACGACAUUUUUGGGGCUGCCAUGGCGUGCCUGCACGGGGAGCUGGGGGCGGCGGGGCGCCGCCGCGACUGGGUGCUGGUCUACUUCAGCCGCCUCUGCAGCCCCCGCGACGUCCCCAGGCCCCUGCGGCCCCUGCCCACCUACCGCCUGCCCCAGGAGCUGCCCCGGCUGCUGGGUGCCCUGCGGGGCGGCCGCCCGCCCCCCCGCCACCACCUCCGCGGCCGGGCAAAGGGGCUCCUGCACCGGCUGAUGGAGGCGGAGGCGAGCAAAGAGGCAGCGGGGGGCAGCUCCGGGGGGUGCCCGGGCUCCCCGCUGCAGCCCCCUGGCACCUGAGUGCCCACGCAGGGGCUGAGCUGGGCAGAGCACCGGCGCUGGGCACCCACCGGGUGUGUAGGGGUGGCCCCAGCGGUGCAGGAUGCACCUGGACGGGGCUGGGCUGAGCAUGUGGCUGCAGGAGGGCACCGUGGGGGCCCCAAACGGAGGGCUCAGCCGGGGGAAGAGCUCCGAGCAGGGCUGGCCCUCGCUGCGGGGCUCCCCGCCUGGCCGGCUCUUGGGGCCGGAGCAGAGGCGCAGCCCCGGGAAGGGGGAAGCUCGGUUUCCAGCAGGUGCUGCUACGGAGGAGAGACAGGGCCCAGCAGAGGGACGCCGCGGCGGCGCUGGAGGGGCCGUGC